GGCCGUGGUGGCCGCUUCCUAGCGCCGAGAAGUGAUGUCACGUGGUCCCAUGGGGGUUUCUUUUAAAUCUCUCUGAAGUCCCAUACCCCAGUCUUGGGCCCAUGGAGCCUUCGCGAGACUAUCCAUUGUUCGGGGGCGCCUUCUCAGCUACGCUACCCGCCGGGGCCAUUGACGUGAGCGACCUCCGACCAGUCCCAGACAACCAAGAGGUCUUCUGCCAUCGCGUGACGGACCAGAGCCUGAUCGUAGAACUUCUGGAGCUGCAGGCCCACGUGCAAGGCGAAGCAGCUGCGCGGUACCACUUUGAAGAUGUUGGAGGGGUGCAAGAGGCAAGGGUUGUGCAAGUGGAGGCUGUGCAGCCCCUCCUUUUGGAGAACCUAGCCCUGCGGGACUGCUGUCAAGAAGCUUGGGUUCUCUCUGGCAAGCAGCAGGUAGCUAAAGAAAACCAGCAGGUAGCAAAGACUGUGACAUUGCACCAGGCCCUGCUGCGAUUGCCCCAGUACCAGACUGAUCUCCUGCUCACCUUCAAUCAGCCCCCUCCUGAUAAUAGGUCACCUCUUGGCCCUGAAAAUCUGUCACCAAGGCCCUGGAACCUGGGUGACUUUGAACAGCUGGUGACCAGUCUGACCCUUCACGAUCCCAACAUCUUUGGUCCCCAGUAAAGAUGCUGAAACACUGCAUGAUGCUGUUGAAGACAUGGGGACCCAGUCUGCAAGGGGGACAAAGAGGUGGAUGUAUUCCCCUCAUUCCUCCCCCAUGCAUAAACAUAAGACACAUCCUCUCUGAAGAAAUAAAUUUGCUUUAUAACCA